CUAUCAAACAAACAAGAACGAAGAUUAUUUAAAUAUGUAUAUACAUAUGCCUGCUUAAGCUUAUAUAUAUUACCGAAAAUCACUUCACCUUUUUCCAAAAUUCUCGUCAAUGGCGGAAAAAGACCAAGUCAGGCCCUUAGCUCCAGUAGCCACCAAUCGAUUUCGCAGCGAUGAAGAUGACAAUCUCUCGAUUCAGCUCAAGGUUCCUCGGAGAAGAACGUACGUCAAGUGCUGCGGCUGCGUAACGGCGAUACUCGUGUUGAUCGCCGUCACGUUUAUAAUUCUCGCCUUCACCGUAUUCCACGUCAGAGGUCCGAUCGUCAAGAUGAUCACCGUCACCGGCGAUCCGCGUCAGUUGGCGAACAUAACCGCCCUCGUAGCGGCAUCGUCGAAUCUGACGCUAAUCGCCGAUAUGUCGGUGAAAAAUCCAAACGUGGCGUCGUAUCGGUUCGGGAACACAACGACGGCCGUCUACUGCGGCGGCGCCGAGGUCGGCGAGGGGAGGAAUCUGGGGGGAAUCGCCAGGGCGAGGCGGACGAUGAGGAUGAAUCUGACGGUCGAUGUUUCUCCGGCGAAGCUUUUAACGGCGCCAGGAUUUUUGGCCGAGUAUCAAGCUAACAAAUCGUUGACUAUGAAUAGUUUCACGAGAAUCGUUGGAAGAGUUAAGAUUCUGAACAUCGUUAAGAAAGAAGUUGUCGUUAGAUUGAAUUGUACCGUGACAUACAACCUCUCAAGCAACGCAAUUCAACGACAACAUUGUAUACGACGUGUUAUCCUCUAAACGACAACGUUUUAGUGUGGCUUAUUCUCACUCUAAUUAAAAGUGAAAAAAGAAAAUCUUCUUUUUUUUAUACAUAUAUUGUAACAUAGAAUGGUAAAGGGAAGUGUUGUGUUUAAGAGUUUGAAAUAUAGACCAAGAGAAAUUGUCAUA